AUGGCAACGGUGGCAUUACAUCGUAUGUGUGUCGCUGACGAUCAUGAAAAUAUUACCACUCUUGGUGGAAAAGCAGCAGCUUUAUCAGAUUUAAUUAAUAAAAAAGUGGGACAAAGAGCUGACUUACGCGAUGCUGUGGGAUUGCCUUCGUCUCGUGCAUCCCGUCAGCCUCCAGCACGAAAGCAUACAAUUCCACCAGACAAACGAUUGGCUGAAUCAACCCCUGACGUUAGUGCAAAACAACAUUCUUCGAAGAAAACAAAGCAGUAA